AUCCGGGCGGAAGCGUUUUCGCGACGGCAGGCACGAGUGGGCUGGAGAUGGUGUACUUGUGGUGAAUGUUUCUAUAAUGCUUUGAAAAAUAGAUGGAAAACAGAGGCAGAUGGGGUGCACUAGCCUUGAGGAGCUUGACGCUGAUUUCUGUGUUAAAGAUCUCGUUUCUGGUACACUUUUCCCUUGGUGUGGCAUGCUAACCUUGUCCCCAAAGAAGGACAGGAGCCUGUGGUAUCUCUGGUAAGAAAACUUACAGCUUUUACAGCCUGCCGCUUUAGUGCACAAUUGAUGAUUUCACAUGAAAUACUCACCUGAAGAAAUUAGCAGUAGGCAAGGUAUAACUGCGUUUUAACAAUGUUAAGAAUUCAGCAUUGUGUAACAGCUAACAGGAUACCCAAGAAAAAGCCACACAUUUGUGACAUUUGCUAUAAGCAGUUUGAAACUCCAUCAAAAUUAGCAAGACAUUAUCUGAUACAUACUGGUCAAAAGCCAUUUGAAUGUCAUGUGUGCUAUAAAACAUUUAGGCAGUUAGUCCAUCUGGAGAGGCAUCAGUUGACCCAUAAUCUGCCUUUUAAGUGUAAUUUUUGUCAUAGACACUUCAAAAAUGUAAUUACAUUAUUGAAGCAUCAGCAGCUUCAUAAUGAAAAGUAUCAGAAUUGUAUCAAGCAAGAAGAAAAAUCUGUGAGUUCUGAGCAGGAUGGGGUCACUUGUGGCAUAUUUCGAUGUUCUGUGUGCUGGAAGUCUUUUACAACUGAAGAGAGAUGGAUGCUGCAUCAGUGUCAGAAGGCAGAUUGUCUACAUGGUACCAGAAGGAGAAUGAAAACUCACCCUUGUGAAUUGUGUAACAAGACAUUUCCAUCGAGAUCAAAGCUAGAACGGCACUUCCUUAUUCACACUGGCCAGAAACCUUUUAAGUGUUCUUCGUGUGGCAAAUCUUUCAGACAGUCAACGCAUUUGAAAAUCCAUCAGCUCAUGCAUACUGAAGAGAGACCUUUUCAGUGCUGCUUUUGUCAGAAGGGAUUUAAAAUACAGAGCAAACUCAUGAAGCACAAACAACUCCAUGCCAGAAAUAAGUCUGUCUCCAAUAUCAUAUACAAAGGAAAAACUAAACAUCUCAGACCACAGAAACUGUCAGAAGGAAGGAUGGAUAGUUUUGAGAAUGCUGACACAUUCAAAUUGCAGGAGAAUGAUCCACAUGAUGUUUAUUUGAUUUAUGUCGUACCGUUUCAGUGUCCAGUGUGUGAGCAGUGUUUUGAAACAGAGGAAGUCCUAAAUUUGCAUAAAUGUUAUCUAAGAGAUGAGAAAAGCCCAAGUUGCACAACAGCAUGCAGCCGCACAGUCAGCAUGAAAAGCAAAAUCCUGAUGAAGCUGAAGCGCACUGGAGGAAAGCUAUCAGAUUUUUCAGUGACUGGCAGAGAAAAAAUGAAAUCAGGUCACCUUAGGAGUCCUGACCUGCUUGCAGUUAGAGAGCAGCAAUCUGAUAUGAAUGCUUCCACUAAAUCUUUCAGGGACUGCUGUAGCAAGCGCGACCUAUGCAAGGCAGUCAAUUGGAUGAAAAGAAGGUUUGCUGUGCCAUUACUCUGGCAAGAGCACCUAGAACCUCUCAAAGUAGGAAUAAAUUUAGACGGUGUGCUUACUGGUGAAAGCAUGUUAAGCAUCAGUGAUGGAGUGCGUAAUAGGGAUGAUGCUUUUUAUGGUUCAUCAGAUGAUGGCUUCUUUGAUAAUUCAGAAAUACUUCACUAUGCUUUUUCAGCUCCUUCUAAAAAUACACAUAACAGACACAAAGUGUGUAAAUGUGACAGAUGUGAAAAAAUAUUUCCGUCUUCAUCCAAACUUCAAAGACAUUACCUUAUACACACAGGACAGAAGCCCUUUGGCUGUAAUGUUUGUGGGAAGACAUUUAGACAGUCAGCUCACUUAAAAAGACAUCAGCUCACCCAUACUGAAAAUAACUAUAAAACCCCUGUUUGCCAGGUAGAGUUUGGAAAUCUGAACAAAUUCUUCAAUCAUCAGGAAGAUCACAUUGAAUUUGAGUCUUCUCCCCCUGUGAGUUAUUCAGAUUAUUCUCAAGCACCUUCACAGGCACCUGGCUUUCAAGAAUUUGAGCUGACUCAGUCAAAUCAAGCAGCUGAAAUCAAAGUUGAAAUUGAGUCAGGGGCCUUUGUUCUUGACACUGGCAGUAGAAACACAGAGCCUUAUUUGUGUAGUAAAUUGAUGGAAACGGAGCAAAGCUGUUAUAGUUACUGGCACGAUUUUUCUGAAAGUAUUGAAAGAAGAAAACUGUAUCAGUGCAGUCUCUGCUUUAAGACAUUUAAAUCAUUUUCUAAGCUUGAAAGACAUUACUUCAUGCAUGCUGGACAGAAGCCAUUUGAAUGUUCAGUUUGUGGUAAAAGUUUCCGACAGUCUCCACAUUUGAAAAGACAUCACCUUACUCACUUUAAAGAGAGGUUAAAGCUGAGUUCCAGUCAGCAACAAUCAGAGGAUACAUUGUUUUCGUUGAACCUGGAUACCGUCCCCUGAAAUUAUACAUUAAUAUUUUUGAUUGCAUGAUUAUUGAAAGGAUUAUGUUGAACUGAACAAGAUUAUCUUUUUAUGUUGUGAAGACGACCUGAUAAGUUAAUCUGCUCUUUUCAGAACUGCCCACUUGUUUAUAAUAUCUGGUAACUAUGAGAAGAUGGUAAAAACAAAGCAAUAAAAAAGUUCCUUCACAUUUGUUUUCUUCAAAUGUGGUUUUAAAUACGCAUUCUUACUGUAUUGGUGGUGUCAUGGCAAUCUGCAGUGCUCUGUACUUUUUCCUGUAUAAUAUUUUUAUGAUGCUAAAGCUGCUCAGUGAUAAUUAUCAAAAAGUAAAGAUAAAAAGGCAACUUCUGAAAUAAAGGAAAAAUGGUCCUGCUGCAUUCUUCUGGCUCCCUGUACAUUGCAAGCAUUAAAAUGUUGCAUACAUUUGCUGUAUUUAGUUCAUGCUUUUUUCCAAAAGAGUAGAAGUUAAUUUUGGAUGAACUAGAUGCAGAAAAAAAGAACAAGCUGAAGAAGUGGAAAAUAAUAUUUGAUGAGGAAAAACUGUUGACUAGCAUUAUAGAACAGUUAAUAGAGGAAAAAAACUAACUGCACAUUUGUAACGUGCUUGGAGAUCUAUGGGUGAGAAAUUACAUCCUUUCCUUAUUAAUGGUAAAAUGAAUGGGUAGUGCUAAAGUAGUAAAAGGGAUUGAUAAAAACCCUGCUACUUCAUUAUUUCCACUUCUUGCAGAAUCCCUUUUUUGUACUUUUUUCAUGCAAUGUUGAAUUAUUUUUCUGCAAGCAAAGAAAACAAAAAAAUAUCAUGGAUAAUACAUGUGCAGUUAUUUGUUCCUUCUGUUGUGCAUAUUGUACCAGUAAAAGAAACGUUCUCUUAGGUAUUAUAAACCAGACAAGUAGUUUUGUUGGGAAAUCAUGUUCUUACAUUAAAUACAGGAGACUAAAAAUAAUUUUUCAUUCUACUUAAGUAAUUUUGGUUUUGUGAAUAAAAUCCGUGGUUAUACUUCUGGUAAGUAGAGAGCUUUACCUGUGGCUCAUGUGGGUUUGGCAAAAAGUGUAAGUGCAGUGGAGCUUUAAUCGUUGACAAAAAAAAAGUUUCUUUUUUUCUUUUUCUUUCUUUCUUUUUUUUUUUUUUUUCCCCCCGAAGAAUCAUCAUAGAAUCACAGAAUGACUUAGGUUGGAAGGGACUUAAAGAUCAUCUAGUUCCAACACACCUGCCAUGGGCAGGGAUGCCAUCCACCAGAUCAGGCUGCCCAGGUCCCCAUCCAACCUGACAUUAAACACCUCCUGGGAUGGUGCAUCCACAGCUUCUCUGGGCAUCCUGCUCCAGUGCCUCACCACCUUCUGUGUAAAGAAUUUCUUCCUAACAUCUAACCUAAACUUUUGGUAUGUUUUCCUUUGUUAUGUAACUUCUGAAUAUUUCAAUCCUUAGGUUUUUAAUCCUACAUCUAAAUUAACAUAACUAUAAGUUCUGUAUGUAAACUAUUUUUUUUUUUGUCUUGAAGUGAUUUCUCUAGGUCUUGCUGUGGCAUAAGCUUUGUAGCACUUGAUAUAAAUGAAGUGAAGGAUGAAGAGAGUUCUUACCAUAUUUUUGUGUGUGUUAUUAUUUCCCGCUUUCAGAGAGAAUGAAAUACUAUGAUUUUCAUACGACAGGCUAAUUCGGUAUCUUAAGAAGAACUGUGGUUAUAUACUAGUAUUUUUUUCUUCCCAUGUGAAUUGCUUCGUAUUGAAAGAGAAUACUUCAUAAAAUGUUUUGAAAGUGUAUUGUAGAGCUCUUAAAAUAUUUGUAAUAAACUAUUUUAUUUAUAUUGCACUUUUAUUGUAUACUUUAUGUGCAAACCAGUGUGUUGCAACUAUAUAACAUUCAGUAUGCAGAGAAGUUAGACUAGGUAUUAGAAUAAUUUAAAACUUUGCAUGUUAGAACAGACAGGUUUCCUUUCAGAUUUUUUUGCUAUAUAAAUAAAGUUAAAUAUUUUUAAAGAGA